CAGUUUGAUCGUAAGAAGCUAAUGGGCUAUUUGGACAUCCAUCAACAAGCAAAUCGAAGAGCUGUAAACUCAAAUCAUCCUUUGAUUUACAGUUUGAACAACGACAACACUGAAUUCAACUGCCCAGUGUCCCAGGCAUCAGCACCCUAUUUAUAUGAGCACAAGAACAAUGGCAUUGCUUUAGUUCCAGGUGCAUUUUUUGUAGAGCUCGCUUUGGCGUCUGUGAUGAGUAGCUCGAGGCCGAAAGUGCCUUUAAGUAUUUGUCAGAUUAAUAUCAAUUUUUUGGCACCAUGUAUUUUAAACCAGAAGUCCCAUGUUUUAAAGAUAGAAUUGGCAUCACAAAAAACAGUGACAGAUUUCAGAAUACUGUCAUCCUCAGUUGCAGUUUAUGCAUCAGGACAAAUUACAAAGAAGUCUGAAGCUGCGGUGGAAGAAAACAGCAUCUCCUUUCAAGACAUCUUUCAGAGGUGUAAAUCAGUAGUUACAGCAGAUGAGGUUUAUGAAACACUGUCUCAGGUUGGAUUUCAAUAUGGUUCCAUGUUCAGACAGUUAAGGGAUGUAUUUUACUGUGAAGAGCUAAAAGAAGCUAUAACCAGCAUAAAGGUGAACAGAGAGACCAGAGAAGAGAUGUCUGACUAUUGUAUCCAUCCAGUGCUGUUAGACUGUUUUCUACAGAUGACAGCUGUCAUGACGACAAUAACUUUCCAAACCAGAGCAGGCUUUCCUUCUGGCAUAGGCAGCCUUGUAGUUUUCAGACCUUUGGAGGAGGAAAUGAUGAUAUAUUUGAAAACAAGCAAAUCGACUAGGAACUACUUAGAGGUCUGUGGAUGCUUUACAGAUAAAUGUGGCUCUGUUUUGGCAGAACUGAAACGUGUUGGGAUCACUUUUAUGAAGCCAACAUCUCCAAGAGACAAUGACUUGCUGUUUGAAAAUAAGUGGAAAGAAAUUUUUUCCCCUCAGACCAUAGGAAGUUUAGGGGAAGCACCCAGAGUCAUUGUGUUUGCUGACAAACUUGGAAUAGCUCAGCAACUCAAAAAAUACUUACACAAUGAGUCGAGAUAUGUUAUGUAUGAAGAUUGGGAGACAUUGCUGGAAGCGAAGAGUUCAGAAAUGACUGCACAGCAUCAAAUGAAAAGGGAGCUUGAAGACUACCAGGAAGUUUUGUUCAUGUGGGGAAUUCAGAAGUUAAAUGACGAGUUCCCAAGCAAAGUGGUGGCACAUUUAGCUAAAUGUUGUGAGGCUUAUCGCCAAAUUAUUGUGGCAUUAAGAGAGAAAAAAUCCAGUUGUUCAGUUAGAAUAAUCACGUACAGAACAACAGAUAGAAAUGUAGAUCAUCUUAACCCUGGAUUUGCUUUGUGUGGCAUGACGAGAACCUGCGUAAUAGAAGUUUCAGGAAUCACAUUUCAGAUGAUUGAUAUCAGCUCUUUGAGUACACUGGACAUCUCAGUCUUAGCAGAUGUUAUUGUAAAAUAUAAAGGACAGGAUCAUCCAGAAAUAUGGAUCAAUCAAGGGAGAAUUUACACUUCAGAAAUCAGACGCACACCAUUUAAAGAUGUGGGUUACAGUCAACCUUCAAAGUCUCCUCAGAACUCAGAGACGUUCACUUUAUACACUACAGAUCCUUACCAAGUGAAAGAUUUAUCUGCGGAAAUAGCCAAUAAUACCAUUACUCAGCUUGAAAAUCACAGUGUUGAAGUUCAAAUUGAUAAAGUAUGCAUCCAUUCAGAAGACUAUUUUCCUGUUAGCGUUUCAAGCUGUAACUUUGGGAAUACGUUGUAUUGGAAUUCAUAUACAAUAGACAAACACAAGCUUUUCGCUCUGGACUUCAGUGGCACAGUAACUGCAGUAGGCAGUGAAGUGAAAAAAGUUAAGGUGGGAGAUCAGGUGGCUUCAUGUUAUCCAGUUGUUGCAUCAUCAAGAGUCAAAGUUCCAGGGACAGUUUGUUUCAACAUCAAAAAGUUUCCAUGCUUUAGAAAUGUAUCUUGUGUGUCAUACUUUAUGGUAGCAUGGGAAAUUUUAAAUCAAACAUUACCAAAGGUGAAACACAGUGGGACUUUAGGUAUUAUUUCUACUGAACCACAGUCAGUUUUGUGCAACGUGCUUACUCUGACAGCCCGGGAAUUGGGCUGGAGAACAGUACUUGCAACACCUACGUCUGAUCAGUGGCAACGUGUAAAUCAGUGCAAAGCCCUUGUUUAUCUGCCUCCAGUAGAUGGAAUGUCUACUGAAGUUCUAGUCCGUCUUUCCCACCUCCAAGACCUUGUGAUAGUACAUGGUAAUCAACGGUCUGAAUGUUUUCGAUACCUACUUGGAAGUGAUCAAGAAAAUAUCCGUGUUCAUGUAUUGAAACUUAUCAGUAUCUUUCAGAAAGCAUCUCUAAAACGAUCCCUAAGCGCUGUCCAGGGCUGGAUUAAAUCAAUGCAAAUGAAACAAUUUCAAAACCUAUCAUAUUCUGUUUUUCAGCAAACUGAGAACUUUGAAAGUACAAACACUGCAGCGACCUCCUAUUUCACCUGCAGAUCUAUCCCACUUGCUGUGCUGAAGGGGGAUGGGAAGACCAACAGGAUUUCAGACAUACCAGUAUAUGAAGCACAGAAGAAAAUGUUUAAGCAGAAUGCAGUUUACAUAGUGGCAGGGGGACUUACUGGGCUUGGAUUUGAAACUGUGAAAUUUAUAGCCCAGAACGGAGGGGGCUGUAUUGCAAUACUUUCAAGGAGCAAUCCAAGCAGUGAGAAGCAAGAAGAAAUCAAGGCUUUGCAAAAUCAGUGUAAAGGGAACAGAAUAGUCAGUUUGCAGUGUAAUGUUAUUUCUAGCUCACAUGUUGAGAAAGCUAUCAGUUCAAUUGACACAAUCUUUCCAAAGAGUCCAAUCAAAGGUGUAUUCCACAGUGCUGUGGUUUUGCAUGAUGGACGUCUUGAAGCUCUGAACCUGUCUCACUUUGAGAAAGUGUUAAGUCCCAAAGUUGCAGGGGCAAUAAAUCUCCACCGAGCUACCAGAAGGCAGAAACUUGACUAUUUUGUGUGUUACUCCUCCGUUACUUCAUUUCUUGGAAAUUCGUCACAAGCAAACUAUGCUGCUGCUAAUUCUUUCCUGGAUGUUUUCUGCCACUACAGGAGGAAUUGUGGACUUUCAGGACAAUCCAUUAAUUGGGGUGCCUUGAAUCUUGGAUUAUUGCUAAAUCAAAACAACAUUCAAAAUAUUUUGGAAUCCAAAGGCAUAGAUAUUCUGCAGGUACAUGAAAUUUAUGAAUAUCUAAAAAAAAGCUUAAUUCUGAAUAACCCUCAGCAAGCUGUAGUAAAAUUAAAUUUUGGAACGCUAAACAGUUCUGUUCUUUCUUGCUUUGCAUCACUCAAAAGUCGCUUCCAUACACUCAUUUCAGAAGAACUGGGCAGUAAGCUUGAGCUAUCUGAAAAAGGAACCCCUCAGACUUUAUCUCCAGUCAAUUCUGAAGAUUAUUUCACCUCACUGGUGAGUUAUCUCAGUAGUACAAAUGCGAGUGAUCUUACAAUGAACACAUCACUUGCAUCACUGGGCAUGGACUCUAUGUUAGCCAUGACGUUACAGAAUCGUAUCUUUCAUGAAAGAAGGGUGGAAAUACCCCUUGUGAAACUACUUGAUCCUCACACAACUAUGUCAAGUUUAGUACUACUUUUAGAAGAAAGUUCUAAUGAAAGUGGGUCACUUGAGAAAACAACUCAUGUAGCAGAAAGUAUCGAUGAUGGAAACUGGUUAUAGGAACCCAUUUCAUGUAGUAAUUUGGUAACUUUGGAGUUACUAGGACCCUUGUGAUAUUUCAAAACAAUCAUCAUACACUUUGGGUAGAAUAAAGCUUUGAAUGAUAAUAAGUUAGUUCUUUACCACCAAACCAGCUUAGUUUUGGUACUGCACUUUACUCAUUGUAUGUAUCAUACCUUCCGUAUGUAGCACACAUUUUUUGUUAACUUGUAUUAGUAAAAAUACAGUAAAUUGAUGUAUAUACAUCUUUAUUUUGCAGAUUUGUGUAUGAGAUAAAAUAUAUGUAAACUUUAUAAUUUUUCUGUUUUGAUAUUAAUGAAUAAUAGAUUGAUUUGACUGCAUCUUAAAUUAUGAAUAUACUAAAAUAAAACAACACAAUAUCUUAGCAAUUGUUUGUGAUUUAUAUGA